CCCCAAUGACCAGGGCAAGAAAUACUUCGUGACUUCUUAUUACACCUGCCUCAAGUCCCAGGUGGUGGACCUCAAGGCCGAAGGGUAUUGGGAGGAGCUGAUGGACACCACACGGCCGGACAUCAAGGUCAAGGACUGGUUCGCAGCAAGGCCGGACUGCGGGUCCAAGUACCAGCUGUGCGUUCAGCUCCUGUCGUCAGCGCACGCGCCUCUGGGCACCUUCCAGCCAGACCCAGCGAUGAUCCAGCAGAAGAGCGACGCCAAGUGGAGGGAGGUCUCCCACACCUUCUCCAACUACCCGCCCGGCGUCUGCUACAUCUGGUUUCAGCACGGGGGCGUGGACACCCACUCCUGGGCCGGCUGGUAAGGCCCGAGGGUCACCAACAGCAGCAUCACCAUCGGGCCCCCCGCUGCCCUGAUGUCUCCGAGCCCCCAUCCACAGAACGCUGACUGGUAAACUGUUGUCAGAGAAAGGCGGGGCUUGGGGAAGGGAGGUGGGCCAGGCUCCCCCGGAGCUCCUAGUUCAGCCUCGCUCCCCCCCGCCCCCCGCCUCUUUGUGGAGCCCCUCCAUUCGUGCGCCUUCACGUGCCAUGGACAGCCAGCUCUCCAUCCCAGGGCUCGACCUGAACAAUGAGGCCUUUAAGAGAGGGGCCCCUGAGGUUAGGGAGGUACAGGGUGUUCCCCAGGGCCCUCCCCCAGACCCUCUGAGGGUGGGUCUCCAAGUUCAGAUGGCAGGCAGCCUAGAUGUGGGUUUUUCUACCUUCCCCUCCUGGGCCUUUCUCCGUGUGUCUUUUGGGGCCCCUCGAAGCAGGGGCAGAGUAAAGGGCAUCUGGCAAGCCUGUGGCUGCCCCGGAUCGUGCAGAUGCUGGCAGGUGACUGUGGAGCUCGGACAGGCCUGAGAGGGGAAGGAGGGCCCUGCUAUUGCCAAGCUCUCGCUCUGCCCACCGGCUCUGAGUGGUGGCUGAGGCCCAGGGGCUCGUGCCUGGUCUGAGGCGGGCAGGCCCAGGGAGGGGUGGAGCCCACAUCAUGUCUGGGCUGUCCUCACCAUCGGUGACGCCCCAGAAGCCAGAUGGGGUGGGGCUCUCCAGAAAACCUCCAGAAUCCCGUGCGUGGUAACGCAGGGCAGGUGGGUGCAGGAUUGGGCUGUGAUUCUGAGAGCUAGGACGUGUGGGCAUAGGAUGAGUGGGGUGGGGGUUUUCCAGGACCACCCGUCCACCUGCAUGCCUGGACCAGGCCCCCACCCCUCCCUGGGAACUGCCACUCACAGGGCCUCCCCGCCCUGCCCUGUGCCUCUCCCUCCUGCUGGAAGGACACCAGCGCUCUGAUCCCACCCCUGCCGCAUGCAGCCAAAUAAAAGGCCA